GAGCUAUCCCGUAUGGCGCCCGUCCAGCGCGACGCCCUGUACACAGGGGACAUGUUGCACUUCAACGAAAGCGGCUACAGGUUCCUGGCGGCAGUCGUCGAGAAGGUGAUCCAGCCGCUGCUGGGUCAAAAUGUGAAGAGACUGCAGCCAUCUGCAUCCUUCCUUUCGGUCCCCAGACCACUGGCGCUGCCUGUCGCCUCCCCGGAGACCAAGCGCCCACGCUUGGCACACGACAGGAGCAGUGGAAGUGUUGGGAUGGAGGUCAUCAGUGCCAUCACGAGCAGCGCGGGCAGGCUCAGUGCCGUCAGCGCCGCAGCAAUCACUAGCGCGUUUUCGGCCACCUAUGCCAGGCAAUCCUCGUGCAAGACGAUCCUGGCCAAGACGAUCUCAGCCAUCAUGCCGAAGACGACGAUCAAGACGUCAAGGGCAUUGCCCGCCCCGCAGCAGCGCGCCAUCCUCGUGGCCUGA